GUUCUUGUGACUAGCUCAUGUGUUUCGUGUAUCUGAAGUCAUCACUUGACUUUUAUCUUGCUUAUCAAAGAUAUAAACAACAACAAAACUGAAUUGUUUUAUUCUCUUGUAAACCACUUAUUCAAUCAAUAAUAAUCAUGUCUCGUAACGAGUGGUUAAUGGUUCUGGUGAUCAUUGCUCUGUUUAAUCUUGAAAACUCACUUGGCAGGCUUGUUUUUGAGGGAUCCACUGGGAUUAUUAAUGGUUUCCCAAUGUUGACAAACACCAAGAAGCACGUCUAUGGUCAAGCCUUCGAUGACGAGCCAUUCCCUUUCAAGAAUUCGACCAACGGUAACAUGACUUCGUUUUCUUUUACCUUCUUCUUUGCUAUCGUCCCUGGGCAUAGAGAAAGAGGCUCUCACGGUAUGGCCUUCGUGAUCUCGCCUACAAGAGGCCUUCCAGGUGCUUUUGCUGAUCAGUACCUCGGAAUAUUCAACGAUACAGACAAUGGAAAAAGCUCGAAUCAUGUCAUUGCUGUGGAGCUCGAUAUACAUAAAGAUGAUGAAUUUGGUGACGUUAAUGAUAACCACGUUGGUAUUAACAUUAAUGGAAUGAGAUCUAACAUAUCUGCUCCUGCCGGGUAUUUUGAUCAAAAGGGUCAGUUCAAAAGCCUUUCUCUAAUCAGUGGAAAUCUACUCCGAGUCACGAUUUUGUAUAGCCAGGAAAAAAAACAGCUUAGCGUCACCUUAUCAUCACCAGAGGAGGCUUAUUACCCGAAUCAGCCACUUCUAUUACUGAACCAAGAUCUGUCACCGUAUUUGUUGGAGAAAAUGUAUCUCGGCUACACUGCCUCCACAGGUUCGGUUGGAGCAUUACAUUACAUAUGGACGUUACAUGUGUAUGAUAUCGCUGUGGUUCCAGAUCUGGAUUUCCCUAUACCGACGUUUCCUCCAUAUCCCAAGCCAAAGUCUCAGGUAAGACGGACUGUCUUGGUGACUUGCUUGACAUUGGUCCUCUUUGUUGCGGUUGCUGCAUCAGCUUUAAGUCUCUUCUUCUAUAGAAGACAUAAAAAGGUUAAGGAGGUUCUAGAGGAAUGGGAGAUCCAAUGUGGGCCUCAUAGGUUUGCUUACAAAGAACUCUUUAAAGCCACAAAGGGUUUCAAACAACUUGUGGGCAAAGGAGGGUUCGGUCAGGUUUUUAAGGGUACACUUCCAGGUUCAGACGCAGAAAUUGCUGUUAAACGGAUCUCUCAUGAUUCAAGACAAGGAAUGCAGGAAUUCUUAGCAGAGAUAUCGACAAUUUGUCGGCUUAGACACCCAAACCUAGUCAGGCUUCAGGGUUACUGUAGGUACAAGGAGGAGCUUUACUUGGUUUAUGACUUUAUGCCCAAUGGAAGUCUUGACAAGUACAGAGCAAAUAAAGAGCAACUCACUUGACAACGUUUCAAGAUCAUCAAAGAUGUAGCCUCUGGACUCUGUUAUCUGCAUCACGAGUGGGUACAAGUCGUAAUUCAUCGAGAUAUCAAGCCUGCAAAUGUCUUGAUUGACCAUCAGAUGAAUGCGAGACUCGGGGAUUUCGGGCUAGCCAAGUUGUACUAUCAGGGUUAUGAUCCUCAAACAUCGAGAGUAGCUGGAACAUUUGGGUACAUUGCCCCCGAGCUCAUAAGAAGUGGAAGAGCAACCACAGGGACAGACGUCUACGCCUUUCGGCUGUUUAUACUGGAAGUCUCUUGCGGUAGAAGGCUGAUAGAGCCACGAGCAGCCACCAACGAGGUCGUCCUUGCAGAAUGGACAUUAGAAUGCUGGGAAAACGGAGAUAUCCUUAAGGCAGCCAAUGAAAGACUCCACCAAGAACACAAUAGAGAACAGCUCGAGAUUGUUCUGAAACUGGGAGUAUUAUGUUCGCACCAGGUUGCAACAGUUAGGCCUGACAUGUCUAAAGUGGUCCGGAUCUUAAAUGGUGAUUCGAAGCUUCCGAGUAAUUUGCUGGAUAUUGUCAAGGCCGAGAGGGUUAGAAUGUGGUCUGAGACAUCUGAUAGUAUUCCAUCACAGGAGUCCAUCGGUACCUUGACAUUUACGGAACCUUUCACUUCCCACGGACGCUGAAAGCUGAUGUCAAGGUCGCUCGUGCAAAAAUAUGUUCUGUUGUUCAUUGUAUUGAAUGUAUCAUGUGGUUUAUAAUCUACCUAAGUCUGGUGUAACAUUGAGAAUUUCUAUAUUUGUAGUACCUGGACAAACAAAUGGACAUGAUGCUCCAUAUUGCCAGGUUUGUAACAUAAGCACGAUCUCUCAGAGGUUUUGAUAAAUAAUAUAUUUUCCUUAAAACA